CUGUUUGCUGUCGACAUGUCUGACCUGGGCUGUUGAACAGCAGCCGACUGAUAAUCUUGGCACUCACUAUUCUAGAUUCCAUUACCAAUUUACUUUCUUGCCUGGCCUGGGUGGACACCGCUUCGAAUGCUGGUUGUAUGGCCUGAGGAGAGACGGUUCACUAGUAAUCCUGGCAGUACAACAGCCAACUGUUGAGUACAAACCAGCUGUCCAAUUCAUGUAUCUCAUUGCAAGAGGCUCUGUCUUUCCUCCUUGAAUUGCUCAUGUGAAUCGUUUCUAGCAGGUCGACUGUUUCCAACUGUUUAUGCUCCACCAAAUGUGAUUUUCAGUGCCAAGAGAGUUGCAGCUUUCACAGAGAGAUUUCUCAUGUAGGUAAUUAGGAGGCUGUGUGACACAGGAUAGUCGAUCAUUCUCGUGCUGGACUGCGAAGGAAUUGUUUUCAGAUUAGUGAAAGUCUAGCUUUGUAGGAGUUACCAGAAUGGCUGAGGCAUCUGGAGCUGUUAUCAGCUCUGCAGUUCAAGCUAUGAAGAUUGACGGAUUUGAGACGUGGGUAGAAGGCAAGCGGUUUACGGUUUACAAAGUCGUUGUUAGCAUUCCCAAUAGGAAAUGGCUCGUAUUCCGGCGCUACAAUGAGUUCUACACGUUGCAUGGCGAGCUCAAGAAGUCGCACCCUGACCAGAUAUCUAAACUGCCGGGAAAACGGAUUUUUGGAAAUAACUUCGAUCCUCGCUUUAUCAGUCAUCGCAUGAGUCGACUUGAUGAGUUCCUGCAAAGUAUGUUUCAGAACAAGAGUCUUAUGGAGGAUGUUCGCGUGCGUGACUUCCUGGCACUAGAAAAUCAGCGAAAUGCUGUGCCCAUCCACGACAACAUCCCUAUUGACCGGGAGGAUCGAGGAGAAGGUUCUACGCCACUUCGAGAGGAGGACAAGAUUGACCUUGGUUCGUCAGACGUAACAAUCAACGACUUCAAAUUGCUCAAGGUCAUCGGCAAAGGUAGUUUUGGAAAGGUUCUGCUUGCCGAGCACAAAGCCACAGACAAACACUACGCCAUCAAAGUAUUACGGAAAGAUAGUAUCCUAAAGCGCAACGAGUCACGGCACAUCAUGGCGGAACGCAAUGUCCUGCUCAAAAACGCAAAGCAUCCCUUCCUUGUGGGUCUGCACUACUCGUUUCAAACCAGUGAUCGUCUCUACUUUGUCCUGGAUUAUGUCAAUGGUGGAGAGCUGUUUUAUCAUCUCCAGCGAGAGAAGUGUUUCAGCGAAGCAAGAGCCCAAUUCUACGCAGCAGAGAUCACAUCGUCCCUUGGAUACUUACAUUCCAUGGGUAUUAUUUACAGAGAUUUGAAGCCAGAAAAUAUUCUCCUGGAUGACCAGGGUCACAUAAUGUUGACUGACUUUGGCUUGUGUAAGGAGGGCAUCAUGGAUGGAGGUACCACAGCUACAUUCUGUGGCACACCUGAGUAUCUCGCUCCAGAAGUACUUCGCAAGUCCAAAUACUCGAAAAGUGUUGACUGGUGGUGUUUGGGCUGUGUGUUGCACGAAAUGAUCUAUGGUCUGCCGCCGUUCUACAGUCGCAAUGUUGCAGAGAUGUAUGACGGUAUUUUGCACAAACCACUCAAGCUGCGCCAGGCCGGUAUGGGCAAUGAGGGACGCUUGAUCCUGGACCAGCUGCUUCAGAAGGACCCCAAGAAGCGUCUCGGUUCCAACCAUGAUGCUAACGACAUCAUGACGCACAACUUCUUCCACAAUAUCUCCUGGGUGGAUUUGUACGACCGCAAGAUCUUGCCUCCAUGGAAUCCCCGCGUGUCUGGCACUGACGAUACAUCCCAUGUUGAUCCAGAGUUCACCAGCGAACCGCUUACAGCAUCCCUGUCCGAAGGUGUACCUGUUGAUGAAGUACCCGCAGAUGAUGCGUUUGUAGGCUUCACGUACAACAAAGACCCCGGCGAGUUCCUUGCAUCAAGUUCUUAAACUGUACCGUCCUUGUGUAUCGGCCACCGUAGGUACCAGCUAUUCCUACUAUUGUUCAGCGUAGCUUGUAGCUAGUCUUCCCCCACUAUGCAACCAACCAACCCUUGUCCGAGGUUAACGUAAGGAUAAUGUCAACAGUCACAAAUCCUUUGUGUGGUGCAUUUCGAGUGAGUUAUAUAAACCGAAUUUUUAUUUUAUUGAGAGAGCCUGUUGACAUGCGUCUAGCAAUUCUCACCGUGCCAAGUUCUCAUCAUUACUACGCGUACCUUAUCUUGUCUUGAUUGUGUUUGUCUGUGUGUCUACGUACUGAUUGUGUAUAGCAUGGCACAUCACAGAAGAUCUUAUGGUGUCAUUAGCCUUCUGUGUGUACUAUGUACUUCCUUCAACUUGGAAAGAGUCGAGGUUGCCCUGUCUACCUCAUUGCAGUCCCAUUCUGUUUUGUUGAAUUGAAACUAUACAUGCUGUGUUGUGCCUGUAUUUUUAAGUACUCUUGAGUCACAGUCAAAGUCAGCUUGUAACUGAAUCUAACAUGCAGGUACAUUGUACAUUGUACACUGUGUGCAUAGGUGCUGUCUCUUGUUUGGGUUUUUUCAUGGGUGGAUUUCUAGAGCUGCGAUUGACUCCUUCAUUUCUUUUAAAUUUCUUAACCUCAGUCUGGUUUCCUGCCCAUGUUGUUUGCCAUUGUCGUUUUUUUAUCCAGUCAAUUCGUACACCGUCAGCAUCUAUGUCUCGUUCAAUAUAACUUAGGAUUGUCACAUUCA